UUUUCAGCAGAGAAGAAGAAGAAGAAGAAGAAGAAGAAGAAGCAGCAGAAGAAGCAGGAGCGCAGAAUCAGGGCGGCUGCCGAGCUUCGCUUUUCUACUGAUCUUAAUUUUUUUUGUCCUUUUAUCGGAUAAAAUUAAGCACAGCACCUGGACACGCGACACUUGCACACGGGGGUCAAAGGGCGACAUUGUGUCGUGAGGAGAGACUGGGACCGAUUAGGCUGCUGACGGUGAGUGUGUCACCUCUCAGGUAAACACGUGACUCACCUUUACCACCUGUGACAGCUGAAGGGUGAGCUUUUGCCUGCUGCAGAGAGACAGCAUUGAUCUGGAACGCCUCAGUUUGGGGGAUUUGGCGGCCCCUGUGGUGACUGUGGAGAACUGCAGGUGUGUUCAACACUACAGAGGAGGAGGGUUUUCCACAGGUCUGUGAGAGAGGACUGCUCACCUGCAGGGAUUCACUAUCUGAUCUCAUCAACACCUGCUGACGAGGAGGAGGAGGAGCGCUGAUACGGCUGUCAGCUGAUCCAUCAGCCUGUCUGGAAGGACUUCGGGUGGCCCUGCAAGUGGAGGGCUGGUACCUGGCUACAGGUGCAGAUGGGGAACAGUGCGCUGAAGUCUCACCUUGAAACCUCCCAGAAGACGGGAGUGUUUCAGCUGACGGGGAAAGGUCUGCAGGAGUUUCCAGAGGAGCUGCAGAGGCUCACGGCCAACCUGAGGACGGUGGAUCUGUCCGGGAACAAGAUAGAGGUCCUUCCUACCACCAUCGGAAACUUCCCUCAGCUCAAGAGUCUGACGCUGAACUCUAACCGGCUCGUCGGGAUUCCCUCUGAGAUUGGGAAGCUGAAGAAGCUGGAGACCCUGAGUCUGAAUGGAAACCGGAUCCAGCAGCUGCCCCCCACACUGGGCCAGCUCAAAGCCCUGCGGACCCUCAGCCUGGCCGGGAACCAGAUUUCAGAGUUCCCCUCCGGACUCGGAACGUUGAGGCAGCUGGACUUGCUGGACCUGUCCCGAAACAAGAUCCAGAACGUCCCUGAAGAGGUGUCCGAGCUGCAGGCCAUCGAGAUCAACCUCAACCAGAACCAGAUCUCGGUGGUGUCGGCGGAGGUCUCCCGCUGUCCCCGUCUGAAGGUCCUCCGCCUGGAGGAGAACUGCCUGGAGCUCUCCUCCAUCCCUCAGUCCAUCCUGACCGAGUCCCAGGUGUCCCUGUUCUCGGUGGAGGGAAACCUGUUUGAGGUGAAGAGACUCCGGGACCUGGAGGGAUACGAUAAGUACAUGGAGCGUUUCACGGCCACAAAGAAGAAGUUUGCCUGAGGACCUUCGAUGUAGAGUCUGGAUCUGUGAGGUUCACCUGGAGGCGAGCUCGGCUGAAGCCCCGCCCCUCUUACCCUGCACUUCCCACAGCUGCUGCUUCUGCUGCUGCUAGAAACCAGACUUCAGCAGCCGGGACUCCUCACAUCGCCCCCAGAAAUCCGAACCUCCAGAGCAACAGUCACCAUGGAGACAGGACAGGUUUCACGACACUGAAGAAGAGGACCGGUGCCAUGUUUGACUGCAUCAAACUUUAUUGUUCACUCAGUUAUGGACAGAGAAAAAGUGGAAAUGUUUAGUUAACCAUGUAGAAACAUGCUUUGUAAAAUGUCAGCAGCCUGUUUAUUGAUUGAUUGAUUAUUAAUUAUUAACAGCUAUUAAAGCUUUUAAAGACGUCUAAAACAAAA